AUGUUGACAGCACAUGAAAACGUCAUUCAAACGAAUAACAACAUAGCCCAACAACAUACAAAUACAAAAGCACGACAGUACAACAACACAGAUCUUCGAAAUACUUCAGAUCAAAUUUUCACAGCAUUGCAACUCUAUAAAUAUACAACAACAACAAUAAUAAUGAUCAUAACAACACAUCAACACCCCCACCGCAACAACAACAACACAUCAACACAACCACACCACAACAACACAACACAACAACCAAAAAAACAGAACAUCAUUAGAUUUUUGAACAUCUGGAGUUGGAAGAGGAUAACGAAUGGGAGCAAUAACAAUGAUGAAGAGGAUGAUUAUGAUGCUGAUGAUGAAGAGGAUGAUUAUGAUGCUGAUGAUGAAGAGGAUGAUUAUGAUGCUGAUGAUGUCGCUCUCCUUGUCUUGCCUUAUGUUGCUGCUUCUAUUUUUUUAUUCAACUUCAACUGUUACAAACAUUUUAAAGAUGUUCGCACAACUAAUAUUUGA